AUGGCGCGCGUUCUGAUCGUGGGCGCGGGGCUGGCGGGCAGCCUGUGCGCCGCGCUCUUGCGCAGGGAGCUGUCGCCGCGCGGCCUGCGCGUCGUGGUGUGGGACAAGGCGCGCGGCGCAGGGGGAAGAAUGGCUACGAGCCGCAGCUGUCACGAUCCGAGAUGCGCGGCGGAUCUAGGCGCUCAGUACGUCACGCGGGUGCCCGAAGACGCCGAGAAGCAUCGACGCUUCUAUGAUGAGCUGUUGACCCAUGGAGUACUGAAGCCACUGACUGCCCAAGUAGACGGAAUGGUAAUGAAAGAAGGAGCUGAGAACUUUGUGGCACCACAGGGAAUUUCAUCAAUUCCCAAACACUAUUUAAAGGAGGCAGAUGCAGAGAUCUUCUAUGACCACUGUGUUACUCAAAUCAACCUCAGAGAUGGGAAAUGGGAAGUCUGCAUCAAUACAGGUUCUUCAGACCAGUUUGAUGGGGUUAUUCUCACAAUGCCUGUUCCGCAGAUUCUUCAGCUUCAAGGGGACUUUGCAAACAUAAUUAAUAAAAGUCAAAGGCAGCAACUGGAAUCUGUGAGCUACUCCUCUCGUUACGCUCUGGGCCUUUUUUAUGAAGCUGGCACACAGAUUGAUGUCCCUUGGGCAGCACAGUACAUCUCCAAUAAUCCCUGCAUACGCUUCAUCUCCAUCGAUAAUAAGAAGCGCAAUAUAGAAUCAUCUGAUGUUGGCCCGUCCAUUGUUGUCCACACCAGUGUGUCCUUUGGAACCAGACAUUUGGAGUGGGACAAGGAGAAGGUGCAGCAGUUGAUUCUAAACCAUUUGAAAGAUAUUAUACCUCACUUGCCUAAACCAACAAGCAUCAAGUGCCAGAAGUGGAGAUACUCUCAGGUUACCCAACCUUUCCCAGGAAGUCCAGGGCAUAUACAGCUUCAUACAAAACCUUUCCUUGUCUGUGGAGGUGAUGGAUUUGUUCAUUCCAACUUUGAUGGGUGCAUAGAUUCAGCCAUGAGUGUUGUGGAGGCUUUGAGGUCCAGUCUAUAGGACUGUCCCCCCACCCCAACAGCUUAUUUCUUUGAUGAAUUAUACAUUGAUAAUACUACAGCUCAGGAUAGUUAACCUACUUGUCCUCUAUUUAAAUGAAAUAAAUCAUUAGAAGACUUC